UUUUGAAAUUAUACAAGGAUUUGUUGCGUUACGGUGAAAAAUUGAAAUAUACAGACAAAGAGUAUUUCCGAUACAGAAUUCGCAAAAAUUUCGAACAAAAUAAGCACUUAAGUGAUCAAACAGAGAUUAACUUUCAGUUCCAGAAAGGACAAAAAUUUCUGCAAAAUCAACGAGUAGUGUAAAUCCAUAAUUUGCUGAAAUUAAACAGAUAUAGCUGUACAAUCAUAGUAAUGCUGAGGUUGUUAAAUAGAAUAUGUUUCGACCAAUCCUGUAACACUUGUACCUUGUUGUUUGAUAAAAAAAUGUUUGGAUCUUUAUAUUGCGAAACUAAUAAUAAUUGGGGCAAUUUCUCAAAUAUCCAAAAACAAAUUCGAUACAAAUCAUACAAUCGUUUCUUAGAUUAUUCAAAAAUACCCGAACUACAAGAAGAUGAUUUGCAAGAGCAAUUUGUGAGAGGAUCUGGACCUGGUGGUCAAGCGACUAACAAAACAAAUAAUGCAGUGAUUUUGAAACACAAGCCUACAGGAUUAGUUGUAAAAUGUCACGAAACCAGAAGUUUACAACAAAAUAGAAAAAUUGCUAGAGAUAUACUGUUGAAAAAGGUAGACAAUUUAAUCAAUGGUGACGAUUCUCUAGAAAAUCAAAAGGAACGACUAAUGAGAGUUGACUCCAUUAAGAAAAAACAAAAGAAGAAAAAGCUCGCAGAUUUAAAGAAUGCAUUCAUGAAACGCGAGAACUUAAAGUGAUUGAAAAUAUAACAAAUUACUUGAGCAACUUUUUCCUCCAUAUAUUGUAUGAUACACUGUCUAAUAAAUUUCCAAUAAGUUCAGUAAAUCAACAUAA